AUGAGUCUUGUUCUUAGAGGUUCAUUUCCGUCAAAGAUUUAUCACUCAAAAUGUCUUCCAGUUAUGAUAAAGCCUAAUCCUACAGAGACACCCAAGGGCAUCUAUGGACCAGUUUUAAAACUCAAGAAUCUCUAUAGAAUGCAUGAUAAAAGAGCAGAUGUAUUCUACGGCGAGUUUAUCUCACUAAAAUUCUACCCAGCGGCUCAUUUUGUUUCUUUAUUUAGGAAGACUAGCCCAGCAUUCACAGUGAAAAGUAUGAUGAGCAAAUCAUUUUUAGAUACGUCUGGAUCAUAUAUUAAUACAUAUUAUGCGAAAAAGAAAUCGACAAUUCCAUCGAAUUAUGCAGUCUGGAGACGAAAGGUGAAGCUAUUAGUUCAGGAUCCAUUUUUUGAAGAAUGGACCAGUUUAGAGGGCCAAAAAGGUGUGGAACAGUCCGCUAGUGUCAACCAAGAAGACAGUCCCCCUUUAGUUGAGACUUAUAAUAGUACAACACCAAGAGGAAUAGCGAAGGAUGGGUUUUAUGAGUUUUUUGUACAAAAAUAUCCAAACAAUGAAAAAGAUAAUAUAGCAUUACAAAAUGAAGUACGAAGAGCUGUCGGAGUUGUCGCCAAUUUAGAUUGGGGUAGGUUUUUGAAUGAGAAACUGCCUGCUUUGAAAAUUAAUCCCAAGUAUAUACAUAAAGUCGUCUUCAAAAAGAGAACGCCUGAAACCUGGGUGGAGAAAGCAAAUAAGAAAUUAAACAUUGGUCUCCUAAACCGAUAUUUGGCUAAUUCAGAUAUUCCGUUAAAAUUAAUUAAAUUAAAGAAGAAGAAAUCUACUUAA